UACUGUUCUCUACUGUAUUUGCAUCAGAAACACUCCAGUCUCCACCUCCGCUGAGGCUUAUCAGAGUGUCAGAGUACAGAGGGCUGUAGAGCAGGGAGGGAGAUUUGCAUUGUUGCUGGAGUGAUGGAGAGAACAGGUGGUGGUGUGGAGAGCUCUGGAGCUGACAGCAGCCUGGUCGUCUGGUCUCUACUGAUCUCCUGUCUCUUCUCUGGAGCUGACAGCAGCCUGGUCGUCUGGUCUCUACUGAUCUCCUGUCUUCUGUCUGGUCCUGCCACAGGUGACCAACAUGCCCACUGCUCUGAGUUCCUCUGUCUCAGUCCUCCCUCUCCUCUGGUGAGGCUCCUCAGCUUCUCCUCUGAGCAGGGUCCCUGUGGUUCCCCCUUAGACCUCCCUCCUCCACCAGGCCUCCCAGGACUGGCCCCUGGUCCUGUGGCCUGGAGCCCCCUGUGCCCCACGGUAGUGAUCGUCCCGGGCAGGAGGCCAGCCAGGCUGCAGCCCAGCUGGGCGAGGGUGAUGGCGGGGGAGCUGUUGGAGGCGGGGCUGGUUAAUGUCCUGGUAGCUGAUUGGCUGCUGCCCCCAGAGCAGGAGAUCACCGAAGGAGCCAGGCAGGUGGGAGAGAGGCUGGCACAGGCCAUACAGACACUACAGGUGGGGACACAGGCCACACAGACACUACAGGUGGGGACACAGGCCAUACAGACACUACAGGUGGGGACACAGGCCAUACAGACAUUACAGGUGGGGACACAGGCCAUACAGACACUACAGGUGGGGACACAGGCCAUACAGACACUACAGGUGGGGACACAGGCCAUACAGACACUACAGGUGGGGACACAGGCCAUACAGACAUUACAGGUGGGGACACAGGCCAUACAGACACUACAGGUGGGGGCACAGGCCAUACAGACAUUACAGGUGGGGACACAGGCCAUACAGACACUACAGGUGGGGGCACAGGCCAUACAGACAUUACAGGUGGGGACAUGUUCCACACUGGGUAGAAGGAGGACCAGGGCUCUUCUCCAGAGCUGUUCCACCUGGUAG